AUGGCUGAAGACAUUUUACAUCAAAUACGUGUAACAACGGAAAAUCCCGAUCUUGCAAUUUGCACGGAAAUACACAAUAAGGUAUUAACAACUUUAGAGGAUUUGUGCGUGAGGAUAUCCGGUAAGAUGUUGCACGAAUUAGGAAUGCCUGCGCCUAAUCGCCCUAUGCAUGAUGCACUCAAUCGUGAAUUUGAACGAGAACGGCAAUACGAUGGAAAUGCUUUAAAUCAAUCCGUACAAAAUAAAAUCCCACUUUUAAAUCUGCAACAAAAAACAGCUUACGAUACAAUAAUGAAAUCAGUAAAUGGCGGCAAUGGCGAAUUCUUUUUCCUCGAUGCACCAUGUGGAACUGGUAAAACAUUUUUAAUUUAA